AUGAAACCGUGGGAUGCUUAUACAGACUUCAAGGAAAAGAAAAUUAGCUCGGUGCCUAUAUGGUUGCAGAUUCAUGGACUAGACUUAAAGUACUGGGGGGGGAGAGCACUAUUCAAGAUAGUGGGGCAGAUUGGGUCUCCUUUGAUGAUGGAUUCAAUUACUCAAAAUAGAGAAAGGUUGACCUACCCUCGGGUUCUGGUGGAAGUGGAUCUCCAUCAAGAUUUCCCUGAAGUGAUUCCAUUCACAAAUGAAAUACAUCAGGAAGUUAUAUACACUAUAAAAUAUGAAUGGAUUCCUAUUUCUUGUGGGAAGUGUCAUGGCAUGGGACAUUAUACUGACAACUGUAGGAAGAAAGAAGAAGUUAGAAAAGAAUGGGUUGUUAAGAAAGAAGCUCCACAGAAGCGUUCUUUGGAAUCCCAAGGACAGGAUAAGGACAUUUUUGUGCCAGUCAAAAAUGGCAGGACAGUGAUUAAAGAGGUAGCAAAGGCACCAACAACAACAAACACGUUUCAGAUACUUCAGGAGACAGGAGAAUGUUCAAGUUCAGAAUGA